UCCAAGGGUUCCCAGGGCCGCCCCCGGCUGUUUCCCAUUCUCGCGUCCUCUCCCGCCACCAGCCAAACCUAGCUGGCAGGGCCAUCCGGCGCGGGGGAGACCUUUUGACUCCUCACUGCCUCGCUCGCGUCUCCGCCCCCGCCCGAGGGUGGCCCUUGACAGCCGGAGCUCUCCCGGCCCGGCCGGGACCAUGGUGUUUCUCUCCGGAAACGCUUCUGACAGCUCCAACUGCACCCACCCGCCGGCACCGGUGAACAUUUCCAAAGCCAUUCUGCUUGGGGUGAUCUUAGGGGGCCUCAUCCUCUUCGGGGUCCUGGGGAACAUUCUGGUGAUCCUUUCAGUGGCCUGUCACCGGCACCUGCAUUCGGUUACCCACUACUACAUCGUCAACCUGGCCGUGGCCGACCUCCUGCUCACCUCCACCGUCCUACCCUUCUCCGCCAUCUUCGAGAUCCUGGGCUACUGGGCCUUCGGCAGAGUCUUCUGCAACAUCUGGGCGGCGGUGGACGUCCUGUGCUGUAGCGCGUCCAUCAUCAGCCUGUGCGUAAUCUCCAUCGACCGCUACAUCGGCGUGAGCUACCCACUGCGCUACCCCACCAUCGUCACCCAGCGCCGGGGCCUGAGGGCCCUGCUUUGUGUCUGGGCCGUCUCCCUGGUCAUCUCGAUCGGGCCCCUGUUCGGCUGGAGGCAGCCAGCCCCGGACGACGAGACCAUCUGCCAGAUCAACGAGGAGCCCGGCUACGUGCUCUUCUCGGCGCUGGGUUCCUUCUACGUACCUCUCACCAUCAUCCUGGUUAUGUACUGCCGGGUCUACGUGGUAGCCAAGAGGGAGAGCAGGGGCCUCAAGUCCGGCCUCAAGACCGACAAGUCUGACUCGGAGCAGGUGACGCUCCGCAUCCACCGGAAAAAUGCUCCCACGGGGGGCAGCGGGGUGGCCAGCGCCAAAAACAAGACGCAUUUCUCCGUGCGGCUCCUCAAGUUUUCCCGGGAAAAGAAAGCGGCCAAGACGCUGGGCAUCGUGGUCGGCUGCUUCGUCCUCUGCUGGUUGCCGUUUUUUCUGGUGAUGCCCAUCGGGUCUUUCUUCCCUGAAUCUAAGCCCCCAGAAAUUGUUUUUAAGAUAGUGUUUUGGCUUGGAUACCUAAACAGCUGCAUCAAUCCCAUCAUAUACCCGUGUUCCAGUCAAGAGUUCAAAAAGGCCUUUCAGAAUGUCUUGAAAAUCCAAUGUCUUCGCAGAAAGCAGUCUUCCAAGCAUGCCCUGGGAUAUACAUUGCAUGCCCCCAGCCAGGCUGUGGAAGGACAGCACAAGGAUAUGGUGCGCAUUCCAGUGGGCUCUGGAGAGACCUUCUAUAAGAUCUCCAAGACAGACGGAGUCUGUGAAUGGAAAUUUUUCUCUUCCGUGCCCCGUGGAUCUGCCAGGAUUACAGUGCCCAAAGACCAAUCAGCCUGCACCACAGCUCGGGUGAGAAGCAAAAGUUUUUUACAGGUCUGCUGCUGUGUAAGGUCCUCGACCCCUAAUCUUGAAGAGAACCAUCAAGUUCCAACCAUUAAGAUCCACACCAUCUCCCUCAGUGAAAAUGGGGAAGAAGUUUAGAGGACCGGGAAG